GCUGCUACGCCGCUGGGCAACUGAAAACAUGUAUAAAAGCUUGUGCUAGAUAUGCAUACUGAAAUUGAUAUGAGUACGAUGUAAAAUUUGGUCAGAAAGUACUAGUGAUUUGAUCCGAGGCUGUUUGAAAACAAUAAUACCUGAGGUCGUUUAGUAUUUCAUUUUAAAGCAUUCUUUUGUGUGGAUGCAGACGACAGAAAAUCGGGAAGAUUCGGAACAGUUUAGACUUUCCGCCAAUCUGCGUUGUUUUCGGCACGUCUACGCAGGGAAUCAAAGAUCCUCCAGCAAGCUGAACAAAGUGUUUGAUUGAAAUGGCCCAGCAAGUGACAAGACCUAUCAUCAAUGUGAUAAAUUUGGGUCGUAUGGGCUUCCUUCAGGCUUAUGAUGUUCAACUACGUUAUGCUAAACAACAUCUUGACAAGCUGGCUGGCCGAACCGGAGUGAAUGGCCAUGAUACACUUCUUCUUGUUGAACAUAAUCCUGUCUACACAGUUGGACUUCGAACUGAAGAUUAUGGAGAGGUUGAAGAAUUGAGGCUGAAAAAACUUGGAGCUGAAUUUUUUAAAACAAAUCGUGGAGGACUCAUAACCUUCCAUGGGCCUGGCCAAUUGGUGGCUUACCCUAUUUUAAAUCUGAGGCACUUCCAGAAGAGCUUGAAGAGCUAUGUGGCCACACUUGAACAGACACUGAUCAACACAUGUCGGCGGUUUGGAAUCCAGGCACGGACCACAGAACAUACUGGUGUUUGGGUUAAAGACAAAAAAAUUGCUGCCAUAGGUGUUCAUUGCAGUCGUUACAUCACAACUCAUGGAAUCUCACUGAACUGUGACACGGAUCUGAUGUGGUUUCGACAUAUUGUUCCUUGUGGCAUUCCUGGUAAAGAUGUUACCAGUCUGACACGAGAACUAGGGAAGCCUACUUCCAUCCGAGAUACCAUUUCCCCUUUCCUGCAAGCUUUUGAAGAGGAAUUUGGGUGUGAACUCAAUCUCACUAUGUUUGAUGAAGAAGAUUCCAGUCUUCUCAAGACUGAAAACAGGUCAAAAUCACCACCUUCUGGAAGAGGUGGCUUAGCAGAGCCAACUGGUUUGCCAAACACACAGUACAGCGUGAGGCAGGUGUCAACGUCUGCAACUGAUCGGGCCCCAGGUAAUCGUAUUCCAAUGUGGUAAGAGCAAACUGACAUACAAAGCAGAGCAAGAGUUAAUAUACCAGGUGUAUAUGAACUGAAAUGCUGUUUGUUUUUUUAAAACUAACGAAAACCUUAAAACCUUAUUUUUCCCUUUUCUACUAUCAAGCAAAUGUUUGCUUGUGUUCCUCGCUAUCAUAAGAAAAAGGUAUAUUUUGGGGCUCUUCUUUAUGGUUGUUUCUUAUUUUGCUAUUAGAAACAUGGGAUACUGAAAAAUAGUUUAUCAAAUAAAGUUUGAUAUUCUAAAAUUGUGCAAAAAGAUUGAUUGUUCAUUAUUGUUUCUUGGUUGAAUUAUAAGGUAGUUUGGUUAAUGCCAUGAAUAUGCUAUUGGAGCAGAUACUGCUGUAAAUAAUCAUGAAGCUGCUGCAUUUUGAACUUCAGACCAAAGCCAUUAGCAUAUUUACCUAUGUGCAUACAGUUGCAAACUCUUCCUUGACAUGUCUUGGUAAUAUGGUAAGUGGUAUUUAGCUCUUCUUCCUCUAAGGAAAUCUUUCUCUCCAAACUGCUUAUGGAACUUUGUGCUGAAGAACAUCAUUUAAGAAUUUACAUCUCAAAGGAGAUAUACCACAUGGGCAUUUCAUGAGCAUGUUCGUAACUUUUUAGUGUUACAGGUUUUUGGCAGAUUCAGAUGUUUCAGCAAAAUUGUGUGUGUGUGUGUGUGAUAUUCAGUUUUUAGUUGGAUUAUGCAGUAUUACUGAUCUGAAACAUGUUUAUACACAUACAAUGUACUGUUAAAACAUAAAAUUGUUAAAAAAAAAACACACACAUAUAUCUCAGUACUAUCACUGUUCAAGUGAAAGCAUUGAUUUUUUUCCACAUUACAAUUAAUGUUCCUGCUGACUACUCAUUUGUCAUUUGAAGCACAACAGUAGUCUUUUAUGAAAAUGGUUAAAAUUGGUUGCCUUCUCUAGUGACUGCUUGUCCUGAAGCUCUGACUUCUUUUUCCGUUUAUGUCAAAGGCAUCAUAUUUUUGUUUCCUUUCAUUAGUUGGCUCUUGUGCAUAUACUUAGGAACAUUAAAAUUAUUUUUUUUAGAAUGUCAUCUUGGUUUUUAUACUUUGUUUACACAUAAAAGCAUGCUUUAGAAAGGAGCUCAUUGUCUGAAAUUUGGGUUUCUAUUGUUUGUUUUUCAAUUUGUGAUUAUACAUUGGCUGUAGCAAAGAUAUCAACUGUAUAUCACUUUUAAGAAAACCUUAAAGCAGGAAACAGCUUGAGAAAUGCUGCAACCCCUGAAGCACAUAAUGUGCCUGUAAGUAAAUCUUUUUAUUAAUGUUGUCAUACAAUGACAGUACUGUUUUUAUCCGAAUGUAUUCUAAGUUUAGGAUUGUUUCAAAUUUGUUAUUCAUAAUUUGCAUACAAAACUUACAUAUCAUUAUAGUUUUAUAAACCUAAGGGAAAAAGGUUUUCAAAUGCAUAGUAAAUGUGCUUUAAGUGAUGUAACUAUGGAUAAAAAAUAUAAAUCUAUGGUCAUUUGUAAAUGACUCGAUUCCAUUUCUGGUAAUAAAGUUGUACUUUUCA